AUUUGGUCGGAUCAGUGGCAUAUUGCUUGGCAAAGCUAACCGCACAUCGACUUAAAUAAAACGAUAGUGAUUUUGUAAUAUAUAUUCGAGUAUCGAGAGAUUUUCGAGGAAAUUCAAUUUCCUCGCUUGCUCUGUACGGUGCACACACAACACUUGAAGUGGCAUUUAAUUAAAUGAAAAGCUAAUAAUUUUUAUUUGUGUCAUUUUUUACAUUUUGAAAUAAAGAAGAACAAUAAAAAAAGACAGAGACAAUGUCCUUAAAUAUAAAAACCUCUGAAAAUUCAACCGAUAAUUUAUCGGUUGAUGAUAUAAUCACAUCGUCAAUGGAUCAAGUGAAUAAAAAUCGAAUCUUAACACCCCCGCUAUUAUAUAGGAAUGAAAGAGGUGAACGUUAUGAAUCGUUACCAAAUCGGUCAAUGCAUGAACGAUUCUUGCGCGAUUGUGUCGAUGAAAUUUUAUCGUCUGCCGUUUUUGAGGAUACUCGACGUGAGAAUAAGGUUUUGGAAUGGCAUCAACCAAAUGAAUUGGCAAAAUUAUUCGAUAUGUCAUUGAAAGCGGAAAGUGAUUCGGAUGAAAAAUUGAUGGAAUUGGUACGGAAAACCAUUCGAUAUUCAGUGAAAACGGGCCAUCCGUAUUUUGUGAAUCAGCUGUUUUCAUGCGUGGAUCCGUAUGCAUUGGCCGGACAAUGGCUGACUGAUGCACUUAAUCCAAGUGUUUAUACGUACGAAGUGUCGCCGGUGUUUAUUUUAAUGGAAGAAAUUGUUUUACGUGAAAUGAGAUCGUUAGUUGGCUGGGAAAAUGGCAAUGGUGAUGGACUUUUUUCACCUGGCGGUUCAAUUAGCAAUGGCUAUGGAAUAAGUUGUGCCCGUUAUAAAUUUGCACCAGAUGUCAAAACUAAAGGAUUACAGGCUAUACCUCGAUUGGUAAUGUUCACAUCCGAAGAUGCUCAUUAUUCAUCUGGAAAAUUGGCGAGUUUCAUGGGACUAGGUUCGGAUAACGUGUACAAAGUGAAUACAUGCAGUCGUGGUAAAAUGAUUGUAGAGCAUUUGGAAAGUGAAGUGAUACGCGCCAAGAGUGAAGGUGCAAUACCAUUUUUAGUGGUGGCCACAGCCGGAACAACAGUUUUGGGGGCAUUCGAUCCCAUCGAUCAAAUUGCAGAUAUCUGUAAAAAGUAUAAUAUUUGGCUGCAUAUUGAUGCUGCAUGGGGUGGUGGUGUAAUGAUGUCACGAAAAUAUCGUCAUCUCGUCAAAGGAAUAGAACGGGCCGACUCAGUAACCUGGAACCCACACAAGUUGUUGUCGGUGCCUCAACAAUGUUCAACAUUUUUAACUCGACACGAAGGGAUAUUGCAACAAGCGCAUUCUGCGAAUGCAACGUAUCUAUUUCAAAAGGAUAAAUUCUAUGACACUCAAUUUGAUACAGGCGAUAAGCACAUUCAAUGCGGACGACGGGCUGACGUAUUGAAAUUUUGGUUUAUGUGGAGGGCCAAAGGCACAAAUGGUCUUGCAGCGCAUGUCAAUAAGAAUUUCGAGAAUGCCGAGUAUUUUACAGAACAAAUUAAAGCACGUUCGGAUUUUGUAAUGGUUGUCGACAAGCCAGAAUGUACAAAUAUUUGCUUCUGGUAUAUUCCGCCAAGCAUGCAAAAUGUGCCGAUCAACAGCGAUGAAUUCAAGGAGAAAAUUCACAAAGUAGCGCCAAAAAUUAAAGAGCGCAUGAUGAAAGAGGGCAACAUGAUGAUUACGUAUCAACCAUUACGAUUGAAACCGAAUUUUUUCCGUUUGGUUCUGCAAAAUUCAGCGCUGAAUCGUGACGAUAUGCUUCAUUUCAUCGAUGAAAUCGAACGACUUGGAUGCAAUUUGUAGUUUUUAACAAAUGAUGAAUAUAUUCGAUACUUUAUAUAAUAUUAUUAUGUACAAAUUCCAUUUACCAUACACCAUAUCAUAGCAAUGUAAGUCUCGCAAGCUAAUUUAUUCGCUGGACAAAAGGAAACUCAAAACAAAUUUCAUCUAAAAAGUAAGUGAGUGGUGAGAAUUUGAGUUGAUUUUGUUGGAUUUUUUUUUUUAAAUAUGAAAAAACCGAAUGAAAAAGAUCGUUGUUUAUCGU